AUGGGUGGGAUGUGCUCCAAGUCGAGGAGAUCCACUGUAGACGAUGUCACUGUAAAUAAUGCUCCCAGUGGAAGCAUUCCUCCUGCUAAUGGCCAUUCAAAUAAUGGGUCUCGUGGUCUGCCUCCAAAAGUGAAUGCGAAUUCAACACCGUCUCCGGUUAGUGAUGGCAUGGAUAAGAAAUUGCGAGACCCGUUUAUGUUGCCAGAGACAAAUAGUAUGGUUCCUUAUGGGCUGAUUACAGAUGAUGUCAAUGAUGGGAUUCCGCACUUGUCGAGGGCCUUGUCGCAGAAAAAUAGAUCUACCAAAUCUAAGCAGGCUGUUGCAAAGGUAUCAGAAGUGAGCUCGCUUUUGGGUAGGGCUGGUACUGCUGGCCUUGGGAAAGCAGUGGAAGUAUUGGACACCCUUGGUAGUAGUAUGACAAAUUUGAACCCAAGCAGUGGUUUUACCUCAGGGGUGACAACAAAAGGGAAUAAAAUUUCGAUUUUGGCUUUUGAAGUUGCGAACACAGUUGUCAAGGGUUCAAAUUUAAUGCAAUCCCUUUCAAAGGAUAAUAUCAAACAUUUGAAAGAGGUUGUGCUUCCAUCAGAAGGGGUACAAAAUUUAGUAUCGAGAGAUAUGGAUGAACUCCUGAGAAUUGCUGCAGCAGACAAGAGAGAAGAACUGAAAGUUUUCUCUGGAGAAGUAGUGCGUUUUGGAAAUCGUUGUAAAGAUCCUCAAUGGCACAAUUUGGAUCGCUAUUUUGAGAAGUACCUUAACCAAAUCUUGUUUAUUUUCCUUAUGUUGGGUUCAGAAAUUACACCCCAGAGGCAAUUGAAGGAUGAUGCAGAGACAGUGAUGCAGCAAUUGAUGACCUUAGUUCAAAAUACAGCUCUGUCUAAUUCCAUCGAGGGGGAGGGGGUGCUGGAUAUGGUGGAGAGGAGCACCCCGCUUAUUGCAUAUUACUCUUUGGAGGUUAGACAAGCCUGGGUGGUGCCAAAACAUGUUCUUACUGCCAAUUACUGGUGGAUAGAUGCUAUUCCUUGGAACUUUACUGAAGGAAAGACAAACCUUUUUCAUGGUUACAGGAAUUAUAUCAUGAGUUACAUGCCUUGGACAGAUUUGAACAAGAUUAUCGGCGUAAGCUUCAAGAGGAAGACAACUCAAAUACCACUCAAAGAGACUUUUCCAUGGUCAGUUUUGGCUGUGGCCAUGUCGAAUAAUGAUGCAACAUUAAUACUAGUUCUGAAAUUUGUUCAGAGACAGCCUUGCAAUCUUAAGAGCAGAGUUGAAGAGUCAAAAGAAGCAUGUGAGAAGUUUGAAGAAAAAUCACUCUGGUCCAGGAUUUUGGAAGAGGUAGCAAGUCAUGGAGAAACUUGUCGACGUUGUGCAUUUCUUACAUUUGGAAAUUCUGAAGCAUUUGGUAAUGCAGAUACUGAUAAACCUGUGAAAGGUGUUCAGAACAAUCACAAAAAGUUGGGGUCUGCUGGUCUUGCAUUGCAUUAUGCAAAUAUUAUCUCUCAAAUCGAUACUCUUGUGUCUCGAUCAAGUUCUGUGCCUCCAAACACACGGGAUAAUUUAUAUCAGGGGCUGCCACCUGGUGUAAAGUCAGCUUUGCGCUCAAAGCUACAGUCAUUUCAGGUUAAGGAAGAGCAUACUGUCCCUGAAAUCAAAGCUGAAAUGGAGAAAACAUUGCAGUGGCUAGUUCCCAUUGCCACUAACACAACCAAGGCUCAUCAUGGCUUUGGUUGGGUUGGAGAAUGGGCAAACACUGGGUCUGAGAUGAACCGAAAACCUGCUGGUCAGACCGACUUGCUGAGGAUUGAGACACUACACCAUGCUGAUAAAAGUAAAACUGAGUUUUACAUUCUCGAACUGGUGGUGUGGCUUCAUCAUCUGGUCAGCCAAGUGAGGGUUGGAAACGGUGGAAUUAGAUCUCCUGUUAAAUCCCCUCUUUGCUCCCCAAACCAGAAGGCAAUUCAGUUAUCGACAAACAAACCCAACUGUUCAUCCCCCAUAUUAACAGUUGAGGACCAAGAAAUGCUUCGAUACGUAAGUAAGAGAAAACUCACGCCUGGCAUUAGUAAGAGUCAGGAAUUUGACACUGCAAAGAACAGAUUCAGCAAGUAUAAUAGGCUGAGUAAGAGUAGUAAUCACUCCCCAACAAGUGAACGUAGGAAGGAUCCAUUUCCCAUAAGGAGGCCAUCGUCCGUUCCGGUCAUUGACUUUGAUAUCGACCGGAUCAAAGCUUUAGAUGUCAUUGAUCGAGUGGACACGAUUCGAAGUCCAUCUGCGGCAAUUUUCCUUGUUGGGUGCUCUUGGUUUGUGGCGAGGGUGAUGUUUAUGUUAGCAGGCAGAUGCUGGCUCCUUGGGAGGCCUGCGAUCUAUGGUAUCCUCGAAGAGAUUCCAGAUGAAAGCAAAGUAGCAUAUCUCUUUUUCGUGCUGCUGCAGUUGUUCCUGGAUUUUGGUAGAGAUGGAGUCUCCACUACGAAAGAAUCCUCUCUAAUGUCCACCACAUUCUUUGAAGUGACUGACUUCGGAGCUCCCGAUUGA